AUGACGCAGGAGCCUGUGGCACCUGUGCAGAUUAAUCCAGCCAUGGGUAGUGUGAAUUACUCAAAAGGUUCCUGGCUACAAAGAUUUGCAAAUGGGAAGCCUGUGAGAAAACCCAAGCAGCAAGAGCCUUGGAAGGCACUAGCUGAUCAAAGCCGAGACAUCAUUGCCUCUGCUCAGUGCAUCUUGGACAGAGAAAAUUUUGUGAGGGAGCUGGACAGAUAUUUGAAGCACAAUGAUUUCCUAGAUCUGAGAAAGACAGAGCUUCUGUACAAAAAAUAUCUUGAUAAUGUUUCAGAGCCACUUAUGCAAAAAAUGAAGAAAAAAAUGGACAGCCAGUCAGAGAAAGAAGUGUGGAAAAGGAGACAAGAACAAUUCUCUCAAUAUUUAAACUACUUUACAAAGAAGGGCUAUGUGUUUUUGGAUGAUUAUGACCCAUCAGAGUAUGAUCCAUUCUUCCAGAAGACGUGCACAGACUGCUGGAAGGACGAGGAACUCAUCAACUAGCACAAUGACCGAGAGAGCCAAUGAUGUCACCUGUGCUCCAGCUGAGCACAGCCAUCAAAGGUACCCUUUACACAAUUAAGUUACGUGCACUGCCAAAGCAAGUGAGAGCAGGCCAGGCAGGUCUUUAGGCAAACUGCAAUAAACUUACUGUCUUAAACAUGUAGUUCUGAAAUGUUGUUACCCCACUGCCAACGAAAUGUCUGAGAUGCUGCUCCUCUUCUUCCCAGAUCCAUCUCAAUGCUCUACAGGCCAAAACCUGCUAUUUUAGGAGGUUUAACUUGGGCUGAGCUCAAUAAAGACAGUGCUGGUGUUCUCUCCUGGAGACAGUGUCCAAGCAGUAAAUCACUUUUCACAUACAUCGUGGGUGUUUUGAGAAGGCAGGAAAUAAGCAGGGGAGAGGAGAUGGGAAGUGGUGUACACAACACCUGCUGCUUUCUGCAGAGCUAGUGCUGAGCAGCAGCUGCUGCCAGUGCCCUCAAACCUGACCCUCUCCUCUGCCAGUGCAGUCCCAUCUCCCUGCUGCUGCAGCUGACCAGAGCUCUGGGCUCAGAGCCUGGAAACUGAAUUUUCUCUGUCCUCCAAACUCCCAUUGUACAGACACAAUCUCUCAAGAGUUGCCAAGGUUGAGUUUUAUUUAGGAUUAGAAAUACUGAACCACAGAAAACUGUUAAAUGUAACAGAGGUUGACUGAGUAAUAGGAGGGUGCACAGAUGGCAACUGGGUGGGAAACUGCCAGACUUCAGGAGGAAUUUCUGCACCCGUGGAAAACAAGGGCACAGGCUGCUCAGAACUGCAUGCCGUGCUUCUGCAACAAAGCAGCUUAAAGGAGGAAUAGAAUGGUUACAAUGUAACAAAUAUUUAUAAACAAUCCUUUUUUUUUUUAAACCACCCCUGAUUUGGUGCCAAGAGAAAGUUUUUGCUU